AUGUUCCCACGAACGAUUCUGAAGGCGACAGCGCUGCUCCCCUUGCUCUACAACCCCGCCUCCGCACAGAACGCCUGCAACAACUCUCCAUCACUAUGCAGUAGAGCGUACAACAACAUCACACACCUUGGCGCUCAUAACUCGGCCUUCCUGCGAGACGAAUCCACGUCCUUUUCGAUAUCCGGCAACCACUACUACAACACAACUGUACAGCUAGAAGCAGGUGUACGCUUACUGUCCGCACAAGUCCAUCAGACCAAUGACAGUGGGGCGGAAGCGUGGCAUCUCUGCCACAGCAGUUGCACGCUGCUCGAUGCCGGAAGUCUAGAGGGUUGGCUCCGCGAGAUCAAAACCUGGAUGGACGCGAAUCCUAACGACGUCGUCACCAUCCUCCUCGUCAACGCAGAUGACGCCUCAGCCGCUGACCUAGGCCCCCAAUUCAGCGCAUCCGGCAUCGACACCUACGCCUACACCCCACCCUCUCCUACUACCAUUCCCACCACAUGGCCAACCCUCGACUCCCUCAUCGGCAACAACACCCGCCUCAUCACCUUCAUCGCCACCCUUAACCAGCCCUCGCCACAAUACCCCUACCUCCUCGACCAAUACGCCUUCACGUUUGAAAACAACUUUGAAAACAUCAACCCCUCCAACUACUCGUGCAAUCCCAGCCGCCCCGAUUUCCUCGCCGACCCGGCCUCUGCCCUCCAGUCCAACCGCAUGUUCGUGAUGAACCACUUCCUGUACGAGACCCAGAUCCUCGGUAUCCAGACCCCCAACGCAACCUAUGCCAACGUCACGAAUGCACAGACGGGCUUUGGCAGCUUGGGCGAGAGCGUGCGCGAGUGCACAGGUGUCUAUGGCAAGCCGCCUAGCUUCGUCAUGGUCGACUUCUUCAACAUGGGUCCUGCGAUUGCGAGCGUGGAUGAUGCGAAUGGCGUGCGGGAUGUUACGGGCAGGAGACAGCUGAGUACGGAGGCGGUGACGCCGGGGAGCCCGGGGACGAGUGGCGUUGGGAGGGAAAGGGGGAGUCUGUUUGCCGUGGUUGUGGCCGUGGUUGUGGCUGUUGCUUUUGGGGCGUGA